CACUCGUGGCAGGACAGGGCAGAGAGGUAGACUUUCAGUUCUAUCCCACAAACACACGGUGAAACCGUAGACGUUCCCUUUAUGCAUUUUUAACAGCUCAGCAGAUGAUGGGAACAGUUUGGUUGGGACUCUUUGUUCAAAGAUACAGACCAAAGUGAUCAGCUGUAAAUGUUACUUGUCGUUCUCAAGGUAAGGCAGGGGGUGUACUCCUCUGUGCUUUGCUACCUGAUAAGAAGGGUCGCGCCUCAACAUCUUGCUGACCUUUAAUCAGACUCGUAUCAGGGAUAAGAUACAUCUUGGCACAUCUGCGGACAGAGACCGACUGGUAGAACAGGAUGCCUGGGUCCAGCGGCGUUAACGUGGGGGGCUCUUGUGGGGCCCUGUGUCGAACCCUGGUUUCUCAGAACGGUCUGCAGAGAGACACGGCAGACAUCUCCCAGUCUGUCCUCUACACAUCCCUGAUGGGCCUGCUGCUGGUCGCUGACGAGAAAGAGCCGCUUACUGUUGGAAGUGGAAGAGUUGGCCUUAGAAACAUUGGGAAUACAUGCUUCCUGAACGCAGUGGUCCAGUGUUUGUCUCACACUUGCGUCCUGCGCAACUAUUGUCUUCUGAAGUCUUACAAGCAUGAGAAGUUUUCAAAAGAGGAGGCAAAGCUCAUGGAAAGUUUCUCCCAGGUACUCUCAGGCCUUUGGGAUGUCAGGGAAGGAGACACUGUUGUAAAUCCUCGACAGUUUUACAGCGUUUUUAAAGCAGCAGUGCCUUAUUUCAGCGGUUACAGCCAGCAAGAUGCCCAGGAGUUUCUCAGGUUCCUACUGGACAAGCUGCAUACUGAAAUAAAUCGCAGGCCUUAUGUUAAAAGGACAGGGAAGGAGCCUCAGCAACAAUACGUCAGAUUUAGAAUUUCAGAAGAGGCGAAUGCGAUGUGGAAGAAGCACUUGGAAAGAGAUGACAGCAUAAUAGUAGAUCUUUUCUCAGGUCAGCUGCGGAGUUCACUGCACUGCUCGGUUUGUUCGCACUACUCCAACACGUUUGAUGUGUUCUGUGAUCUGUCGCUGCCCAUCCCUAAAAGGAGCUCUGUGGGGGAGGUCACCCUGCAGGAGUGUCUGGACCUCUUCUCUCAGGAGGAGAAACUUGACAAGGAAAACUCACCAAUGUGUGAGAGAUGUAACAGGCGUACAGAGUGCACCAAGCGGCUUUCCAUCCAGAGGUUUCCUCAGGUUAUUGUAAUCCAUUUGAACCGUUUCACAACAUCCCGGUGGUCUAUCAGUAAAAGCACAGUGUACGUGUCUUUUCCCCUCAAAAACCUGGACCUCGGACCUUACGGCCCCGUUGACUGUGGCCCAGUUUUAUAUGAUUUAUAUGCGAUUUGUAACCACGCUGGGACUGUGAAUAUGGGCCACUACACGGCCUGCUGUCUAGAUCAAAGUGGAUGGUGCUUCUACAAUGACUCCAGCGCAAACUCGAUCACCGAGAACCAGCUUCAGACAAAUCAAGCCUACGUCCUGUUCUACCAACGCAGCAGCAGCACGGCCACCGUCAGGAAAUAGCCUAGAAGAUGCAGCCGAUCAGUCACCUCGCCUCCAGUGUCCAUAGAAACAAAUAGA